AAUAGUCAGUUGCAUUUUGCAUAGUUAGAGGUCAACAAUAGGAGUCAUGCAAAUAAAUAAGUACGUAUAAUUGAGGAAACUUCGAGCAGUUGGAAUUUGAAUUUUGGACUUUUUAGAGUGAUUUACUUACAAUUAGCAUCGUUUUUGCUAAAAUAAAUCAUGGACCCCACCAGAAGAACCUCCUCCACGCUCCCUCCAUCAGACACCUAUACGUCCCUGGAAAUUCAGAAACUUUCCGAAUUUCGAAAAAAAGUUGACCACAUUUUAUUAACCGAAGACCAAAAAGAAGACUCAUUCCUGAUUCGAUGGCUGAGAGCGAGAAAUUUGGACGUGGCCAAGGCGGAAGAAAUGUUGCGAUUUUCUCUCCAGUGGCGUCAGGAGAAUGACAUCGACACCAUUUUGGAAAGAUAUCAAAUGCCCGAAGACUUACGGGAGAGGGCGCCCAUUGCAUAUUGCGGACUUUCAAACGAAGGUUGUGCCGUUUUUGUGGUUCCGUUUGGACGCCAUGAUACGAGAUAUGGGCUGGAAAAGUAUGGGAUUGAAGUCAUGGAACGCUACCAAACUUAUAAUAUGGAAGAAUUUGCGAAAUUAUUGCGCGACGAAGGCAUAAAACAUGGAAGGAAGGUUACGCAAAUGAUUGAAAUUGCGGAUUGUGAAGGGUAUUCCUACUGGCAAAUGUCGUCCAAACUGUGUCGUGAAUACGUCAUAAAAAUGCAGCAACAGAUGGGGAAUCAUUAUCCAGAAUUGAUUCGAUACGUGAUGAUAGUCAACGCUGCAAAAAUAUUUGUCACGCUGUUCUCCAUGUUAAAAGUAGUCAUCCCAAAAAAUACGCUGGAGAAGAUCGAAAUUUUUGGGCCUGACCCUGAAAAAUGGAAGGCUGUCGUGAGGCAAAAGUUUCCCGUCGAAAAUAUUCCAACUCAUUGGGGUGGAACGCUGGAAGGUGUGGAUGAGUAUUGUUCCGGACACGAGAUGUGGAUACAGGGACCUAAAGAUAUGCGACCCCUAAUGCGUGGUCUCACUGAAGCAGACGCCGACUUUCAUAAAACCACAAUUAACGCGAGGGACAAGUUUAUUAAGACGGUUCAAGUUACCGAGAAAAGUACAAUUUUAGAGUGGAAAUUCAAAACGAAUAAUUACAACAUUGCAUUCCAAGUGAACCUUGUUCCAAAUAAUAAUUCUGCGACGACGAGUAACAAAAUCAUUAAUAACUUUUCUACCGGAAGUAAGCGUAAGGAUGAUCGUGUCGCCAUUAUCGUCCCGUAUUCUCGGGUCGACGCGCACAAGGCGGUGCAGGAAGGGUCCCACUGCUGCGAAGUCACGGGGACGUACGCCUUCAUUUUUGACAACUCUUUCAGCCUGAUGAAAAACAAGACGUUGCUUUAUCAAGUUAUAGCCGUAGACCCGGAACCCGAUAAGUUUGAAGAUUCUGGUGAAACAUUAUAACGCAGAUUUUUGUAACGCGGUAAAAUUCUACACAUAAAAUCCAUAAACAUGUUAACUUUAUUUUACGUUAUGUAAAAAGUUUGUUUCGUAAUUUUAUAAAAACUGUAAACUCGUUUAAAGGAAGAUUAUCGUGAAAUAUUACGACGCAGAUUUUUGUACAGUAGUACAAAUUCUGUAAAAUCCAUAAACUUUAAUAUUAUUUUAACCUUUACGUUACGCUAUGUUAUGUAAAAAGUUU